GUGAUUCAGCUUUAUUCAAACCUGCUCAUGUUUUCUUGCAUGCAACACCGUGCUCUACGCCUUCUCUGCACACAUGCAUCGCCAAAGAAAGCAGCUGUCUAUCGCUAUAUUUCUGCAGCAUCGUCGCAGCUUAAUGGGAUACCUCCACCCUUGAAAGGGAUCAGAGUGCUCGAUCUCACCAGGGUGCUCGCAGGCCCCACAGCGACCAUGUUGCUGGCAGACUUGGGUGCAGAUGUCAUAAAGGUGGAAGAGGUCGAGCGGGGGGACGAUACUCGUUCAUGGAGCCCGCCGUCUGCACCCUUGCUAGAAAACGCCCCCUCAGAGGCAUCCCACUUACCUCCAGACUCUGCUUACUUUCUUGCAGUCAACAGGAACAAAAGGUCGCUCACCGUCAACUUCAAAACGCCGGACGGCUUGGAGGUGGUACGACGACUCAUCAAAACGUCUGACGUGCUCGUGGAGAACUUCGUCUCUGGUAAAUUGGCAUCCAUGGGCUUGGGCUGGGAAGAUUGCAAAAAGAUCAACCCGCGCCUCGUUUAUGCCUCUAUAACUGGCUAUGGACAAACGGGCCCCUAUCGUCAGGCAGCGGGGUACGACGUAGUCAUAGAGGCUGAAGCUGGUCUGAUGCAUAUCACCGGAGAACCCGACCGUCCACCUGCCAAGGUUGGAGUUGCUGCCACUGAUAUCGCCACUGGGCUCUACGCCCAUGGAGCCAUCAUGGCUGCCCUGCUAUCCAGACAGCAGACAGGAGAAGGGGUCUGGAUUGACUGCAACUUGUUUGAAUCUCAACUGGCUGGCCUAGCCAAUAUCGCGUCCAACUACCUAAUUGCAGGGCAGGAGGCCGGUCGGCACGGUACAGCACAUCCGUCGAUAGUGCCUUAUCAAGUGUUUCCGUGCAAAGACGGAUUUCUCAUGAUUGGAGCAGGUAACGACAAACAGUUCAGGAUUCUAUGUGAAGCCAUCCUACAGCUUCCAGAACUUGUCGAUGACGCCAAAUUCUCAAACAAUGCCGCGCGGGUAGCGAACCGCACGGAGUUGAUAGACAUCAUCUCUGGCACUCUGAAGGGGCAAGACCGGGACUAUUGGAUAGAGCGAUUCACGGGUGAGGGGGUACCGUUUGGACCGAUUAACAAUAUCCGGCAAACGUUUGAGCACCCCCAGGCUGUAGCUCGGGAAUCAACUGUGGAGGUUGAUCACCCCCGAGCGGGUAAAAUCAAGCUUGUGGCACCCGCUGUGACAUACAAUGGGCAGAGGAUGCCGGUGAGGAUUCCGCCACCAUGGCUGUCGCAGCACACUGGAGAGAUUCUGUCAGAGAUGGGGUACACGUCUGAAGAGAUUGCGGCGUUGCGGACUGAGAGAAUUGUGUAGAGAAUAGAGUACAUGUGUCUGGUAGAGUAAAGUGCUGAGAGAGCCGUAAUUGAGCGAUCCGUUAUUCCGU